CAACCCUGAACUUCAGCAGGCCAGCAGAGAGCAGGGAGGACGGUAUAUAGCCCGCCUAGCCCAAAGUGCCUGCUAGUGUCUCUGCUGAAAGAAGGCAAGGAGAGUGUGUGUGGCCGUGGUUCCCUUCGUGUUGUAAGCCCUUCAGGACCUUCCCAUCAGCCCCCUUAGUAACCUACCAAGAUGUCGUGCCCCUUCCUGUCUCGGCUGCCAGGCCAGUUUGUGAUGAACUACUGCAGGACUCUGGUGAGGCAGUACGGCGAGAUGUGCCCCGUGGUGACCAGCGUCCUGCCCUCACGCUCCUUCACCUCCCUCUCCUCCACCCAGGACCCCGAGGGCGAGAAGAAGUGUCCAUUCCUGCGCAGCAAUGGAGUGGUGAAGCAGGCGAGUCGUGAGGUGCAGGAGGAUGUGAUUGACCUCUCCACCAGGGAACAAGGCCCCACUGGACUAGAAGCAAAACCCAAAGACCAGACCAAAUGCCCUUUCUUAGCUUCCCAGAUCAACCCAGAUAAGAAAGACAUUGAGGUGGAAGAGGUGCAUUCAUUCCCGUACAAUGAGUUCUUCCAAAAGCAGAUCGCUCAGAAGAAAGCCGACCAUUCCUACCGUGUGUUCAAGAAGGUCAUCCGCCUGGCCGACCAGUUCCCCAAGGCCAAGGAGUACUCUUACGGCGAGAAGGAGGUCACUGUGUGGUGCUCCAACGAUUACCUGGGCAUGUCCCGCCACAAGGAGGUGAGGGCUGCCGUGCGCGCCUCCCUGGAGAUGCACGGGGCCGGCGCCGGGGGGACCAGGAACAUCUCUGGCAACACGGUGCUUCACGAGGCGCUGGAGGCCAAGCUUGCGUCCAUCCACCAGAAGGACGCGGCGCUGCUCUUCACCUCCUGCUACGUGGCCAACGACUCCACGCUGUACACGCUGGCCAAGGCACUGCCAGGCUGCCACAUCUUCUCCGACGAGGGCAACCACGCCUCCAUGAUUCAAGGGAUCCGCAACUCGGGCGCCCCCAAGCACAUAUUCCGCCACAACGACCCGAAACACCUGGAGGAGCUGCUGAAGUCGGUGGACGUCUCCAUCCCCAAGAUUGUGGCCUUCGAGACGGUGCACUCCAUGACAGGCGCUGUGUGUCCCCUGAGUGAGCUGUGUGAUGUGGCUCACAAUUACGGCGCCAUCACCUACGUGGACGAGGUGCACGCUGUUGGCUUGUACGGGGAGAAGGGCGCCGGGAUAGGGGACAGGGACGGCCUACAGCACAAGAUCGACAUAGUCUCCGGAACCUUAGGGAAGGCAUUUGGCAACAUUGGCGGCUACAUCUCCGGUGACGCAGCGCUGGUGGACAUGAUCAGGAGCUACGCCGCCGGCUUCAUCUUCACCACCUCCCUGCCGCCCACGGUGGUGUCAGGAGCCACGGCCGCCAUCUCCAUCCUGAGCGGGCCAGAGGGUCGGGCGCUGAGGACCAAGCACCAGGAGGUCGUGGGCUACCUGAGGACACUGCUGAUGGAGAAAGGCUUACCAGUGGAGCAUUGCCCCUCCCACAUACUGCCCAUACACGUUGGCGAUCCUCUACUAUGCACCAAGGUCUCGGAUGAACUGAUAAGAAAUUACGGCCACUACGUGCAAGCCAUCAACUACCCCACCGUGCCUCGAGGACAGGAGAAGCUGCGCAUUGCCCCCACGCCCAACCACACCAAGCCCAUGAUGGACCAGUUUGUGAAGGACCUCCUGGUGGUGUGGAAGGAGCUGGGGCUGCCGCUGGGGAACAAAAGCUGCCCGGAGGAGUGCAUGUUCUGCAAGAAGCCCUUACUGUUCAAGGCCCUGGAGUCCCGGGAGCCGUGCCGGACCGCCUGCGACAAACCGUACUGCCCCCAGCUGGCCGAGGUCUUCUAGCGAUGGGACCACCCUGGCCGGCACCCCAAGGGACAGCGCCAAGCACUGCCUCCUGGAAAUUGAUACUGAACGUUACCUUCACGGAAACUGCCACCAGACAUAAUUGAUGUUUUAGGGAAGAAAUCUGGUUUAAAUUAAUGUUGAAUUCAAGCAUCACUUGAGAUAAAUAAAUACCUGUGAUUUUCUCCAAGACAGUGAAAUGCAAACCCAUGAUAUUAAUAAUAUAUACGCAAAAUAAUAUAUAUAAUUGCACAGCAUAGUAUAUCAGAGUAUUUUUGCCCUAUCAUGUAUAAUAAAGUUUAGGUGCAGCAAUCAA